UAUACAAUAUACAAUACAAUAUUAACUUUAUAAUAUCUCUCUCUCUCUCAAAAUAUUAUACACGCCUACACACACAAGAACAUUGUUAGUCCAGCUUUUUUUUUUUUUUUUUUUUUCUUCUUCUUGCUUUCCUUCAUUCACAGCCUGUCAAGCCUGAAUUAUUAACAACCAUGAUUCUGAUUUUGAUAUAUAUAUAUUUUUAGUGAAGAAGGUGCUUUGUUCUUUCUCUAAGCAAACUGAAAGACUGCAGGUAUUGGCCUGCCAAUAGAUUUGCUGGUGUAGAGGUGUCAACGAUUGGUUUUUCAGGCCUCACCAUAGUUGCACUGCUUAGAUUGCUCCGUCCAUGUCACAAAAUAAAACAGCUACUAUUCAUCACAGAAUUGGCUAGUCAUUUUUUUGGUUCUAGUUUACUAAGAAGACCAGCUUAUGGGUGAAAGCAGUGGCAUGAAGGAGGAACAUGCUCAAUGAGCCUCCUAAGAGAGUAUCGCGAUCAGCCCAGUUUAUAUCGCCGACAUGGGGACUAGACUUGAAUACGCCGUCAAUCUCUUAGCAACCUCACCAAACAGCAACAGCUUUACUGUGCAUUGUGUGGAUGACUGGGAGCAUUUCAAGAAUAGAGGACUGAAGGGGAACUGCUAUACAACUGUAGUGGACAGCUCUGAGGACUCCAUGGACAGGAAGCUAGAAAAGCACAACUUAGAAUCCAUCAAAAAGACAAUGCAGAUGCAUGAAGAUGUCUUCAAAAACCAGGUGAAGGAACUGCACAGACUCUACAAAGUGCAGAAGAUGCUAAUGGGUGAGCUGAAAAAAGAACUUAAACAAAACAGAUAUUGGAGUUCCAUGACUAGCUCAGAUAUAAGCCAUGCUCACUUCAUUAACUCCCACCAUCCAUCAAUGCAAACCACAAGUGAAUUUAAUUUCCAAAUUCAGAGCUUGAGAGACGAUCCAAACUCAAGGGAGCGAAGUGGCAGUUGCUCUGGAGACACCAUGAAAAUGGCAAGGGGAUUUGAUCUUGAAAGGCCUGCUGCUGAGGAAGACAGGUCCACAGGAGUCAGUGCCGUUGAGGAAGACCAAGCAGGGCCAAGUUCCCAGAUGCCCACCAGCAGUCAUAAGAUGAGCGUUGCUGGUUCUGAUGAAGAUAGUGAAGUAGAGCUGACAUUAAGCAUUGGAGGUUGCUUGAGCAAGAAGGCAUCAUCAAAAUCCUCAAAAACUCAAUUAGGAUUAUGUGAUUCCUCGUCCCAUAAAGGAAUUAGGGAGAUUGAUUCGUCUGCCUCUUUCAAAUCGGACCGAGGAGAGGAUUGUAGUGACCCCAACACCCCCAUGAGCAGCUCCAGUGCUGCAUUUGAUCAGGAAACAAACCGGCCGCAUUGGCUUUUCCAAGGUUUAAAGCUCAAAUAGGAUAUGAACAUGGAUUUGAACUUGAUAUUGUGUUUAUCCUUUUGCCUGUAUAUGGACGAUUGUAUUUUACACGGUUCAUGCAUUGAGAUAUCUGAAUUAGUUGUCUCCUUACUCUAAUAAUGGGAUAAUUAACACACCUAUAUCUGGGGUGUACAUUGCUGUAAAUAGCUCAUUAGCCAUCCUUGUCACACUACUUGUCUUGUCCAUUGGUUAA